AUGGGUCAAUAUGAGUGCAGUGUGUCUGGUCUGCGCUGGAGCUGUGAGGAAAAAGUCAGUUUUGAUUUCAAGUUUGGUUUGUGGGAGGAACACAUGGAGCGUGUGCAGGCGCUGCAGUACAUGCCCGCUGGUCCUCUCAUAGACGUCACAGUCACCUCGGGCAGACUGGACGAGGUCUAUCUACGGCACUGGGUCUGCGUGGAUGACCCUGAUUUAGCAGAGGAGUUUAGAGUGUUACACGUUGAGGAUCGUAGAGAUACUGUGGAAGAAGCAACAACGAGAGUGAGCAACGUCGCACCAAUCCUGGAUCGUCUUAAAAGUGAAGGAGUGAUCAGUGACGAAGCCUACGAUACGAUAAGACAUCAGUCCACUCCUCAGGAUAAGAUGAGGGAACUCUUCAGAGGGCCUCUCAGGUCCAGUGGAGACCGAGGCAAAGACAUCUUCUACAGAAUUCUCAGGGACAAAGAGCCGUUUUUGUGUAAGGAUCUUGACAAUAUCAGUUUGCUUUCAACUUACGCUCUGCUGCUUCUGUCCGAUCCUGCCAUGUCAGACUCUGAUGCCACUCCGGGGCCCUCUCAACCUCUCUGUGCCACGCCUGGUUGCAAAAGUGCUCGCCUGGCGUCCAGAGAUGACGGGUCCAUCCGCGCCUACCUUUAG